AUGGCGGCUUCUCCAACAUCUUAUGUCAUGUAUUUAAUACUUCGGAGAGAUCUUACAACGAAAUUGAAUUGGCCGGUUGGUGCUGUGUGUACGCAGGCGGCACAUGCAGCAAGUGCCGCUAUGUGGAUUUUUAGAAAUGAUCCAAACACUGAAGUGUAUACUAGUAAUCUUGAUUCAAUGCACAAAGUUACAUUAGGGGUGGAUUCAGAAGAAGAAAUUAAGAAAAUUGCCGAAAAACUGGAGUUUAAAAAAAUCGAUCAUAAGGUUUGGAUUGAAGACGGAUUCCCAGUAUGUAUCGCACUUAAACCAUAUCCAAAAGAGGAGGUUAAAAACGUUGUUCGAGGACUUAAAUUAUUUUAA